AUGCGGCCCCCUCUGCAAGACCAAGGGGACCUUGGGGCAGGGGCCCUCGGCUUGGCCCCCUCGCUGGCCUGCCGAGGGGGAGGCACCUCCCUGCAGGGUGUGGGCCUCACAGGCCUGCGCUGGCCUGUGUGGUUGCAGGGGAGGGAUGGCCAAUCUGCCUGUGAGUUCCUGCAGGUGUUGCAGGAUGGCUCCGAUCACGAAGUGGCCCUGCCUCCCCGGGUCCACCAGGCCUUCUUCCCCUUCCAGCCCUCUGUCCAGGCAAGAACUCGAUUGGAGGCCUUUCUGGGCACUCAGAGAUUGAGCAUUCGCGCACUGGCUUCCCGAACUCACUUCGACUCAGCCACAGCAGAGAAAGAUUCAAUGGGUAGGGCCGGACCGACCACCCGACACUCGCGGUGCUUCACUUGCCUCAUUGCGCAUGUGGUCACGUUACUGUUGGUGACACUGUCCCUCUGUUGGCUGCAGACGCAUCUUCUCUCCAGAUUGCCGAUCCCAGAAAGCCAGGUGAUCACCAUUAACCCCGAGCUGCCUGUGGAGGAGGCAGCUGAGGACUACGCCAAGAAGCUGAGACAGGCAUUCCAAGGGGACUCCAUCCCAGUUUUCGACCUGCUAAUCCUGGGGGUGGGCCCUGAUGGCCACACCUGCUCACUCUUCCCAGACCACCCCCUCCUGCAGGAGCGGGAGAAGAUCGUGGCUCCCAUCAGUGACUCCCCGAAGCCACCGCCACAGCGUGUGACCCUCACGCUACCUGUCCUGAAUGCAGCACGAACUGUCAUCUUUGUGGCAACCGGAGAAGGCAAGGCGACUGUUCUGAAGCGCAUUUUGGAGGACCAGGAGGAAAACCCAGUGCCUGCCGCCCUGGUCCAGCCCCACACCGGGAAACUGUGCUGGUUCUUGGACGAGGCGGCUGCCCGACUCCUGACCGUACCCUUCGAGAAGCAUUCCACUUUGUAGCUGGCCAGAGGGACGCUGCAGCUGGGACCAGGCACACGGCCCCAGGGGCUGGGCCCCUGCUGGCCGCCACGCUCUCGGUUCUCCUUUCGAAAAGCUGGUGGUGGUGCUGCUGCUGGAAGCCAACAGCGUCCAGCCACCAGCCCUGCCCGGGGCUCAACACACAGGCUGUGGCUCUGGGCAUCCGGAUAUUAAAAGGAACGUUGCUGGAAA